GAGGGAUGGAGGAGGACGGAGCUGCUAGACGGAGCGUUUUGACGCGACGAGAGGAGGACAGAGCGUCACAUCUCUCCAAACGCCCAUCAAACUUUCAGCGCACCGUGUAGAGGACCCAGUCCGCCGAAAGAGGCCUGUUAGAGACAGCGAGGACGCGCUGGAGUCCGGACGCACGGCCGCACAGAGAUGGAGACACUACUGGCGAUGACUUUUGGUCCAGUUUGACGCGUGCCGUAAACCCCCCCCCUCAAAAAGCACCUUGUUCUUCCUCUUCCCCUCCUUUUCGCAACGGAGCGACAGGAAUGGAGCAAGCACCCAGCGCGCCGAGCCCUCCUCCCAAACCGACCCACCACGAGCCCAUCAGCUUCGGCAUCGACCAGAUCCUGGGAGCCGGUACGGAGCAAGAAAAUGGGCGCGCGACCGGAAGACAGAGCGCGUCCGAUCUGAGCAACGGGGACGGGUAUUACAGUUUAGGAAGCCCGACCGGGGCGAGUGCGCCCUCUUACACCGCGCUGUCCAUUUCUCUGUCUGGUAUAAUGCCCCCGGUGGAGGCUUCGGGUUCAUUUGGAGAGAGCAGGAAUCUGGGCAGUCGGGGAGUGAUUCGAGUCCCGGCGCACAGACCCGUGACAGCGUCGGGACCCCCAGCCCCUGUCCAGGGUGCUGUCCCUGGAUUUGGGGGUCUGUGCUUCCCCUGGAUAGGAAACAGGUUCGCCAAGGACAGGAUAUCAGCCGCCCUGGUGCCGUUCGCCGUCACUCGGCGGAUAGGACACCCGUACCAGAACCGGACGCCCCCCAAACGGAAAAAGCCCCGCACCUCCUUCUCCAGGGUCCAGAUCUGCGAACUGGAGAAGCGCUUCCACCGGCAGAAGUACCUGGCGAGCGCCGAGCGCGCGGCCCUGGCCAAGAGCCUCAAGAUGACGGACGCACAGGUCAAGACGUGGUUUCAGAACCGCAGGACUAAGUGGAGGAGACAGACAGCCGAGGAGCGGGAGGCGGAGCGUCAGCAGGCCAACCGGCUCAUCCUGCAGCUGCAGCAGUCCGCCCUCCAGAAGUCCCUCAGCGAAUCAGCGGUGUCGGAUCCACUGUGCGCCCAUAACUCCUCCCUUUAUGCCCUGCAGAACCUUCAACCCUGGGCCGAGGACAGGGAAUGAGAAGCAGCCACCGAGCUGUAAUCAAUAAGCAUCAUCUGUUAUCCCUGGGUGGAUGAAUAAAUUGAAUUAGGCCUAUAUGAGGACAGCGGGACUUGCUUUGAUCCAUAUGAUGGAGAAAAAAAUUAAUGCUGGAAAAGCAAAAUUGAAGAAGUAGUCUCAGCCUUUUGAGGGGAUGACUGUGAAAGUGGACCCGAAGUGAUGGUGAGUGAUCCCUGUCUCAAAGCAAAAGUGUGUUUCGCGGACUCAGUCUCAUCAACUCUGUACUUGGGAACAGUUUUCCAAAUCAGAAAGGAGAUAACAGAGGACUUGUCAUAAUCGUCCCAUGUCACCCUGUGAUUGUGUUUUAAGCUUGUACUUAUUCUGUUUACUGGAAUAAGUGAGAGAAAGAAAGGAGGCGAAUCAUUUUUGGAGACGUGACCGAAUGUUUUGUGCUCGAAACAAACUGAAAGACAGACUCUGCUCCAUUUCAGGAGAGAAAAAAAACGCCUUAAUAAAUAAUAGCAAGGCCUCACACACAACACAGACAAGAGUGUGAAAAAAAAUCUCCUGCUUUGUUUUAUUAAAAAUACACAAAAAACACACAUCACAGCUAAAACACAAUUCAGUGUUUCUGUUAAAUAGUUCUGGUGCUUUAAGCUUCUUCCAACCUCAUUUAUAAAUAUAUCCAACCCAGCUCCAAUGCAGCACCACAUUCACCUGCACAUACCCAGGCGUGGUGAGCCGUCCUACCCCAGUAAUGACGCCCAAAACCUCACAUUUGGGGGGAAAUGCUAUUGUGAGCAGUAAUAAAAGGGAAAUAAAUGUCAGAAUUAGUGGCGAGAGAAGUGCGGAAAAUAUGAAGGAGGCCGUGAGUGGGGUAAUAAAGGGAGUGAUGCAUGUUCCGUGAUGGUGGUGACAUUUUUUCAUAUGCACAGUAUCAUGCUUUAUUUGUGGGCUGCGUCCUUUCGAUGUACAACCUUUUUGUACUUUGAUUGUAUAUGUGUAAAUAACAGUAUAAAAAGUUCUUGUGA